UCUUACCCUGCUUAUUUGUGCUUAUGGUGGUGACCAUCAAACUUUCUUUUGACAAAUGCAAAAACCAGUUCCAGAAUGCAAUUGACAAGGGUCAGCGGGAAGAAGAAAAAUUACACAAUAUGAAUGUGCUAUGUUGGAGGAAAAUAACUCUGGUGAGGAAUGGAGUUGCUGAAUUGAGGAAUAAAUUAGAUACAGAAAGGAAAAGAGGUCAUGCUGAACCAGAGCAACAUGAAGAGGAAAUGGCUGAAUUGAGGAAUAAAUUAGAUACAGAAAGGAAAAGGGGUCACGCUGAAUCAGAAAACCUGCAAAGGAGAAUGGAGCAAGUUGAAAAGGAAAUGGAUAAAUUGAGGAAUAAAUUAGAUACAGAAAGGACAAUAGGUCGUGCUGAGCCAGUAAACCUGCAAAGGAGAAUGGAGCAAGUUGAAGAGGAAAUGGGUAAAGUGAGGACUAAAUUAGAUACAGAAAGGACAAUAGGUCGUGCUGAGCCAGAAAACCUGCAAAGGAGAAUGGAGCAACAUGAAGAGGAAAUGGAAAACCUGCAAAGGAGAAUGGCUGAAUUAAGGAAUGUAUUAGAUAUAGAAAGGAAAAGAGGUCAUGCUGAACCAGAAAGGAAAGGAGACCAUUCUCCAGCAGUUUCAGAAAUUGCAGAGAAGAGAAUAAAGGAUCUCGAGGACAAAAUGGAUACAGAGAGGAAAAGAGGUCAUGCUGAACUAGAGCAACUUCACGAGGAAAUUGCUGAUUUGAGGAAUCAGUUAGACACAGAAAGGAAAAAAGGUAAUGCUGAAACAGUAAUCCUGCAAAGGAGAAUAGAGCAAUUUGAAGAGGAAAUGGGUAAAUUGAGGAAUAAAUUAGAUACAGAAAGGACAAUAGGUCGUGCUGAGCCAGAAAACUGGGAGAAGAAAAUAAAGGAUCUCGAGGAUAAAAUGGAGAAACUUCAAGAACAGAUGGAUACAGAAAGGAAAAGAGGUCAUGCUGAACCAGAAAAUCUGCAGAAGAGAAUGGAGCAACUCGAAGAGGAAAUGGCUGAAUUGAGGGAUAAAUUAGGUGAAUUGAGGAAUAAAUUAGAUACAGAAAGGAAAAGAGGUCUUGCUGAACCAGAAAGGAAAGGAGAUCAUUCUCCAACAGAGACAUUUUCAUUUUUAGAAAACUGGGAGAAGAAAAUAAAGGAUCUCGAGGACAAAAUAGAGAAACUUCAAGAGGAGAUGGAAUGGAUAAGACUUCGGAAUGCUGCAGCUGACAUCACACUUAAUGCAGAAACUGCCCACCCCAACCUCUCCGUUGCUGGGGAUAAGAAGAGUUUCACACAUGAAGCCCAACCUCAAAGAAUUCCACCAAACCCAGAGAGGUUCGAUGCUACUGUGUGUGUGCUGGGCUCUGGAGGAUUCUCCUCUGGGAAGCACUACUGGGAGGUGGAUGUCGGGAACAGCACUGACUGGGACCUGGGAGUGGCUAGAAAGUCAAUACAGAGGAAAGGGAAACUGUCCCUGUCCCCUAAAGAGGGAUUCUGGGUUCUGGGUCUCAGUGGGAAAGAUUAUUGGGCAAAAACAGACCCAUGGACCCGGGUCAUAGUGCAGAAAAAGCUCAAGAAAACUGGCAUUUACCUUAGUUACAAAGACAGGCAGGUGAUCUUUUACAAUGGAACUGACAUGUCUGUGUUGUUCACAUUUAAUGAUUGUUCAUUCUCAGGAGAGAUUUGUCCAUUCUUUAAAAAUUCACACAAGGAAACAACAAUGAGAAUUUGUUCAGUUAAAGAGGAAUAGAUUUAAAAUGAAUAAGGCUGAUUUUAUUCUGAUAAACUGAAAUCAAGUUUUUUCAUGAUUUUUUUUAUAUUAAAAGCUGAUUUUUUUU